AUGAUAUAAUUGAAAACCAAAGAAUCAGAAAUAUCAUAAAUGAAAUAUCCCAGAUAACUAACAUUGAUAAAAUGAUUGGAUUUGUAGAUAAAUACAAAAUGCUUGUAAAUUUAAAAUUGGACUUGGAAUCAAUAAUGGAUAAUUUUAUUUUUUUGGCAGUGAACAUUUUUUCUGGCUUUUUUAUUUUGAACAAUAAUUAUUUCCAAGAUAAAUAUUCAGAAAAUCAUAUAGGAGCGGUGAUACAUACUCCACUUUUCAACAACUUACUUCGUCAAGAGUGGUAUUCAAUAAGGCUCAAUGAUCCACUUUUAGCUAACAAGGAACGAAGAAAUCAUGGAAAUGAGGAGAGA